UGCACCAAAUGAUUGAUCAUCAACAAUGAACAAUUAUUUAAUCAUGUUCAGUAUUUAGAAUGAAUCACACAGUGACAGCCCAGUCCACCUCACGCACAGCACAUUGCACAAGAUUAGCCCCCCAUCUUUCACACGUCCACAGCACCGUCAACGUGCAUCUUGAUCUGGACGUCUCACGUCAACAGCCCAGUGUGGCACAUUACAGCAGGAGCGCUGUACGAAAACGGUGGCACGUUGAACAUCUGACACGGGGAAUCUCUCGCGGCAGCAGCAGAGCAUGCUUGGGAUUAUGCAUCUCCACGGCCGAGGAGGAGAGGCUACUGGAUGCGUGCUGUUGAUUAUCUGCAGAAAACAGGACCGUCCCCGGGAAACAAGACGGUAAACAGUACAAGCGGCUCUUCAAAUUUAAAUCGCGGAUUUCUCUAUACCAGUUGAAGCCCUCAAUUAGCCAUGCCUGGAAAGCCUCCAGCAGCCGCUCCAGGCUGGGAGCGGAGAGCGCAGUAAGAGGGGGACUUCUCCUGUAACCAGACCAACUCGCACCAUGUUGCAAACCCUCCACCAGACCGCCGGUGUCGGUUGUGGUAUGUCGGAGACCCUGGCCUGCCUGCGCUGGUCCGUUCUCCUUGGCCUCUCCGUGGCCCUGCUGUGGAUCCCCGGGGCGGCGGGCUCGGCUCUGAACUGCCACAAGACCUGCAUCUGCGCCUCCAACAUCGUGAGCUGCUCCAAGAUGAACCUGACGGCCGUGCCCACCGAGCUGCCGCCCUACACGGUGGUGCUGGACCUCAGCUACAACGAAAUCACCCGGCUCCGCGCCGAAUGGACCCACGACAAACUGGACAAGCUUCACAACCUCCUGCUCAGCCACAACGGCCUCCACUUCCUGUCCUCGGAGGCCUUCCUGAACGUGAAGCAGCUGCGCUACCUGGACCUGUCGUCCAACAAGCUGCGGCUGCUGGACGAGUACAUCUUCGAGCCGCUAGCCCAUCUGGAGGUCCUGCUGCUCUACAACAACCACAUCUCCCAGAUCGACCGCCUGGCCUUCACCGGGGUCAACAGCCUGCAGAAGCUCUACCUGAGCCAGAACCUGGUGUCCCGCUUCCCCCUGGAGCUGGUGGCCGACAAGUCUCGCCUGGAGAAGCUGAUCCUGCUGGACGUGUCGUCCAACCGCAUCAAGGCCCUGCCCGUCGCGGAGCUCCAGGCGCUGCCGGCGUGGAUUAAAAACGGCCUCUACUUCCACAACAACCCUCUGGUGUGCGGGUGCGACCUGUACAGCCUCCUGGCCCACUGGUACAUCCGGAAGCUCAACUCGGCGCGGGACUUCAGGGACGACUACCAAUGCUACUUGCCGGCGCCAGCACCGGCGAAAACCCUAGUGGGCGUUUUCGAACUGAGCAGCGACUACAUGAAUUGCAGCACCUUCAAGCAGACGGACGAAGAGGCGUUCCUGGAGCAGACGCUGACCCUGAGCUGCGACACCAAGCACAAGGACAUGUCCAAGACCUGGCUCAUGCCCGGGAACGUGGUGGUCUCGGCGGGCGUCAACCAGACGGCCCGGGUCCUGCCGGACGGACGGCUCCAGAUCAGUCCGGUGAGGUCGGAGGACUCGGGGAACUACACGUGUUUCGCCGUGAGCGAGGCCCACAACGAGACGCUCUACGUGGUGCUGAAGGUGCACAACUUCACCAUGAACGCCGGCGGGGACUCCCUGAACACGGCCUACACCACGCUGGUGGGCUGCCUGGCCAGCGCCGUGCUGGUGCUCAUCUACCUGUACCUGACGCCCUGCCGCUGCUUCUGCUGCCCCGACCGGGGCAAGAAGGGCGGCGGCGACGACGACAGCAUCCACUCGUCCAUGAUCAGCGUCACUCCCACGCACGACGACCCCGCGCUGGAGGCGGAGCUGGACCGACACGUGGCCUUCAUAGACUCCAAGGACCUCCGGGGGCAGAAUGGCAAGCUCAACCCCAACGGGGACGAGGAGGCCGGCACGCUGGGGAAGGGACGGAGGAAGAGGUCUGUCGCCGAGUCGAUAAGCUCCGUCUUCUCGGACACCCCCAUGGUGGUCUAGGAGAGGAGAUGGACACCGCAGCGGGUGGGGUGUCUGUCUGUAUCUGCUGUGUUUGCGAAGCGGAGAUGUGAGCCAUGUGUGCGGUCGGCGGGACGGACGGUGCGCAGGAGGGGGGUGGGGGGGGGUACACUACGGUGGUCGACUCGGGGAAACGCCUCGCUCGGCGACAGGGACAACAAACAGGACCUAUCCAGCGUUUGAAUCUGUAGCACUUAAUUAUUCAUACUGUGAAAGCCCGGAAAUGAAAGCGGGCUGUGGAACAUUUGAGUGGGUGUGAACCGUACAACAGGGGAUUCUGAUAGAUGUUAGCACUCAGGAAGUAACACAAGCUGUUGCUAAAGUGGUGUGUUUUUUGACAAGAUGGACGGAUAAUUGAGAUUUGUUAGAUUGGAAAAACAGGAAAUCUUAGCACACACGAGAGAGCGUUAGCAUAGAGGCUGACUCAUAGCCCCCAUUAUGAGAACAGUUGGUAUCAUAGAGCAUCGGUAUAUAUUAACCUCCUCUCUCCUCUACCAACACAGGCGCUCCAACAUCAGUGUUCACCCGGUGGUGAACACUCGUCAUUAUUUAUUAGUCAUCAGCCGUAGAACAGCAGCAUGCCAAGAGUUAUUUUAAAACCCUGGGCCCUGACGGAUGAUGGGGCAGAGUGUGGAUAUCCCUCAUCAUAGCCCCAUUUGUUAUCCAGUGUUUCCCCUACAUGCAUCCAGCAGUGGUGCAGCCCUGCCCCCACUGGAUUAAUAGCGCCACUGCAAUCAGACAUGCAUUAUAUAUUAUUAUAUAUAUACAUAAAAAUGUUGCUCGUAUAAAAUGCUAUUAGUUUAAUUUGAAAACGUAUAUCAUAGUGGCCCCUAAUGCACCCCCUUCAAUUGUUACAUUGUCAUUAUUGGCAUUGGAGAAAUUAUGUGGAAAAAUACUGACAGCCACAGCUAUAGUUCUGCUGUAGAAUAAGAGACGCAUGAGGAUACUGUAGGGCGCAUUAGCUCAUGAAUGGCUUUAGACUUAAUGUAGGAAGCAUUAGGAGAAAAUGUAAGCCACGAGUGACUUGAUAAUAGAAAGUAGCCAAUAUAUGUGAUGCUUCAGAAGAGAAGACCAAGCCAAGUCCAAAGCCAAGAAGGAUUGCGACAAAUCGCAGACUGAAAACUAUAUCUGUGCUAACAUUAAUCGCAAAUACAAUUCCUUGUGUUUAUGGUGCAUUCACACUCUAUCUGAUGGAAAUGUAUCAGAACCCUAAGGGCAUCUGGGCUUUUCCGAACGCUUUUUGCCCUCAUAAUUCACAUCAGCACUGUGCAGAUCAGCGGCGUGCACACGCACAUCAGAACCGUGCACACGCACAUCAGAACCGUGCACAUGCACAUCAGAACCGUGCACAUGCACAUCAGAACCGUGCACAUGCACAUCAGUACCGUGCACAUGCACAUCAGAACCGUGCACAUGCACAUCAGAACCGUGCACAUGCACAUCAGUACCGUGCACAUGCACAUCAGAACCGUGCACAUGCACAUCAGAACCGUGCACACGCACAUCAGUACCGUGCACAUCAGCAGGGUAGUGCAACUCACGCACCCCUCGGCACCUCUGCUGGAUAGGAAUCCUAGGGGAAGCACUGAUAUGUAUCCAGUUUGACAUGAACAUAGUAGUAGCACAGCCACUUUGAUGAAGUAGAAUAGGUUCAACGUAAUAUAGGUCCUAUGAAGCGUACGACAGCACUCCUGAUGCUUGUUCUUGUAUUCAUGUAGUCUAUCACUUAAUAUAUAUUCAUUAGAAGCGAGUUUUAUUUGCCUCUUAUUUCUCUUCAGAUGUAUGUAAUAGCUUCCAAUGGUAGGCUGAUAGAUGGAUGAGAUUUUUGUAUUGAUCCAAAUGUUUUAGUAUUUAGUUAUAGUACAGCUGCUGGAAACUAAAAGUUAAAUGUUAAGCCUUAUACAGAAAAAAAGUCACAUUUAGAACUUUGACAUGGAAAGAUGUUUUUCGGAACGGGCCUGUUAUUAUUUUUUAGAACGUAUUAAUAACCUUCUGAUCCAUUCUUUACAGAGUAAGGUUCUGUGUUCCUUCCUAUACAUCGUAGGAACGGGCUUCUCAUUGUGGUCGAGUCCCAGGGAGGUUCCUCCUUGAACAACAGAGUAACUCUCCUCUUAGACAGCUCAUGUUACUUUCUUUGAUCAUGCUAUGAAGAGGUUUAAAAUACCUAACAAAUG